AUGGCUGAAGUCGAUUAUAAUACUCUUGUUUAAGCAAGUCAAUUAUUGUUUGAUCACUCCUAACCCUUUAAUGAAUAAAAAGCUGUAGCUCUUGAUCUUGUUACCUCUGGAAUGAGAUCUAGUAAUAUUUAAAUUGUAUUCAUUUCAUAUCAUUUAGAUCACUGCAUGUAAUAAAAUUUGGGUAGAUUUAUAAAAUGAUUAAUUCUUUUGGACAAUGACAGAUUAAGUCAUUUUAUUAAGCAAAUAAAAUCAAACUAAAUUUUUAGCUCUUAAAGUACUUGAAGAAUAAAUAAAAUCUAAAUGGAAUUUAAUUCGUGAAGAAUCAAGAUAAGGACUUAAAGGUUUUAUUCUUAAAUAAUUAUUACACUUUGGAGCCAAAGAUUCACAUGAUUCAAUAGAAGAAUCUCUAUUAAAUCAAAUAAAUAUGAUUAUUAUAUAAAUUUUAAAACACGAAUGGAAGACAACUUGGGUAUCAUUUAUUCCAGAAAUUUGUGAAUUAAGUAAAACAGAUUAAAACCUUUGUGAAAAUAAUUUAAAAUUACUUAGAUUAUUAAGGUAAAUUUUUUAAAUAAUUUAAAUUUUAGUUAGGAAAUUUUUGAUUAUUCUAAAAAUUAAUUAACAACACACUAAAUUGUUGAACUUAAAAGCAAUCUUCACAAAGAGUUUUAAAUAAUAUUUGAACUUUGUUUCUUCUUGGUUUAAACAUUUGUGGAAAAACAAAAUAUAAAAAUUACGUUAAUAAAAUAGACUUUAGAAACACUUUAUACAUAUUUAUCUUGGAUUCCAUUUGGAUUUAUCUUUAUGACUUAAUUAUGUGAGAUUUUAAUUUAAUUGUUUGAUAACAAUCACUUUAGAAAUCUCUCUAUUAGAUGUUUAACAGAAAUUGUUAUUUUAAAACUGGAUUGUAUUAUAUUUUAAUAUAAAUUUAUAGCUGAUUAAUAAAAGAUGAUUAUUUAAUAGUAAAAAAUAGGAAUAAUUUUUGAAAAAAUCUUAAUAAAAUUAAGAUAAGUUUUUCCAUGUGAUUUUGGAUUUUUAGGGGAAAGAUAAAGAUUAAGAACAACAAGCAAUACAUAAUUAUAAUUUUUUGAUGAUUUUUGUGCUAUUUUAACUUAAUUCUUUACAGGAAUACUUAAUUAACACUUGGAUUGGUUAGAGAAUAUUUCAAAGACAAAUCCAAAUGUUAUAUAAUUGGUUGAUUAUAGUUUAUAAUAUCUAAUUGGAUUUUCUUAAUUACCAUUAGAAUAAAAUUAUAAGGUUUGUGCAGAAUUUUGGUUUGAUUUUACAAAGAGAUUGUUAGAUUAACCAAUAUAAUUGCCAAAAGGAAAUUAAAUAAUAUUGAAUCUUUAUUCAAAUGAAAUGAAUCCACCAUCAUUAUAAAAUAAUAGUUAUCCUAGAGUAAUAAUUUUAUGAGUUUUUAAUAAUAGAUUUUAUGUGAAUUAAGAAAGAUAGUAGUGAGUAAAAUGGCAAAACCAUAAGAAGUUUUAAUUAGUAUAGAUGAAACUGGUUAACCAAUAAAGGAAGAAUUACAAAAUACCGAAAAUAAUGCUUUAUAUGAUUUAUUAAAAGAUCUUUUAAUUAAUUUAGCAAAAUUAAAUUGGACAAGUACAAAAGAGAUUAUUACUUAAAAAUUGGAUAAAUAGGUAAAUUAAAUUAAUUAAUACUUAAAACGCAUUAAUAAUGGCGUGCUUAAAUAAUUUAUUGAGAUAUUAUAAAUGAUCUCAAUAAAGUUUAAAUAAAAAUAGAAUCAUAUCUAUUUAUAAAUUUUAUAUUAAUUUAUUAAAAUUAUUUUUAGAUGGAUGGAUCUGAAUGGUCAUUUGAUAAUUUAAAUAGUAUUUGUUGGGCAAUAGGUUCAAUUUCUGGAUGUUUACCAGAAUAGGAUGAAAAAUAGUUUUUGAUUC